AUGGCAAUCAAAGUGACUAUAAAGAUUAGCGGCGGCGAGACUUUCGUCGUCGAGGUGGAUCAGUCCAUUACCGUGCUGGAGCUGAAGGAGAAGUGCGCCGAGAACGCGGGCGCUACUGCCGAUAAGCAGCGCCUAAUCUUUAAGGGCCGCAUAGUGAAGGACGAUGAGACUUUGGAAUCUCUCAAGGUUGAGGACGGCAACACCAUCCACCUGGUCCGCAGCGGUGUGAAACCAGCCACUUCCUCUGGCGCUGCUUCAGGAACUCAAGCCGAAGCGCCCAAACCAACCCCUGCGGCUGGUGUGAACGCCAAUGCAGCUCCCACCGCAGGUGCCUUCCCCUUCGGCCAGGCCAACCCCUUUUCUCCGGACACGAUGCAGCAGAUGAUGCAGGGAAUGGGUGGUUUCGGUGGUAUGGGCGGCAUGCCCGGCAUGGGUGGAAUGGGAGGCAUGGGUGGCAUGCCCGGCAUGGACGACUUCAACCCGCAGACCGCCGCCGCCCUGCUGAAUAACCCCAUGGUGCAAGAAAUGAUGCAACAGAUCAGCAACAACCCGCAACUUUUGAAGGAAAUUUUUGGGAACAACCCACUGUUGCAGCCUAUGAUGCAGCAAAACCCCAUGCUCAACCAGAUGAUGAACAACCCCGAGCUUUUGCGCACAAUGAUGCGCCCAGGGAUGCUUCAGGCCGGCCUUCAGCUGCACCAGUCCAUGCAGCAACAGCAGCAAGCCGGGGGUAGUACCGCUGCCCCUGCCGCGGCGUCACCUGGCACGGAGAACAUGCUUAAUCCUCUGAUGGGUGGUGGUUUCCCCGGGUUCAACUUCCCGCCGGCGGCCAUGCCGACCGACACCCGUCCCCCGGAGGAGCGUUACGCCUUCCAGCUGCAGACGCUGCAGGAGAUGGGUUUCACCAACCGUGAGGAGAACCUCAGCGUGCUGAACUCCACGGGCGGCGACAUUUCAGCCGCCAUUACGCGGCUGCUGGAGGCCAGGGGAAACCCCGCAUCCAACUGA